AUGGGAAUAACAAACCCCGGUCCCGAAUUGCUGGAAGACAACAAGAACGACGCUCUGUUGAGACAUCCUCACCCCGAUUCUGCUCGUAACGAGGAUCACGAAGAGCAAACUAAUACAAAGAGGGAUGAGGUUUCUUUAGCUUCCCUGGUGCAGUUCUUUGUACUCAACACCUGCGUAAAAGUAGCAGUGUCCCUGCACCUUCGUGAUCGACUCGACUUCAUCCUCAUUGGACGCGAGGCAAUAUCUGGAGCUUCUAGUGGUCUGAUCUUUGUACGAUGCCGAGUGAACGUACGUUUCAGCAUCACGCGAAUGGCAUCCAGUGUCCUGGGCCUCCAUCUCCUUGGUUCUCGUGGACCCAAUCACUUGGUGCUCGGUAGAGCCGUACAUGCAAUAUCUGGCAGUUGUGAACUUUGCCCUGUGAAUAACAACUGGAAACGGCUGCGAUUGACGCCGAAGCUAACUUGUGUUGCGAAAACGAAAUUUAUCUUGACAUUGCUGGUCACCGUCCUUGGCGCGGUGAAUGAAUACGAGCAAUGGAUUUCCGGCGGACUAAUUGGCAAACGCUCGUCUUUCAGCGAAGAGACACUUAAUUUGAGCGCUGUGGAGUUGAUCAGACUGAUUUGGGUUGGCGGCCUCCUGAGUUCGAUUAUUGCGCUGAUCUUGGGAUUGAGUGACAUCUUUCUUCCGAAUGUAUCCGCCACUCCACCUCACCAAGUGCAAAUCCCUAAAUUUUUAUCAAGGCCAUCAUCUUUCCCAACUAGGGAAAACCCUUCCGACUCUUUUCGCAGUGUUCAUACCACCAUUCCCAACACCAAGAAACUGUUAUGGAGUCCGGAGGAGACGGAUUUUAGGGUCCUGAUGUUUAACCUUGAGCAAUCAUCACUUCCUCUCUCCUUCCUUGGAUCUUUAAGUUUUAGCGUCUUUCUACGACGUUUAUCCGAGUUCAAAUGCACACCUCCCAACGCGGCAAACAGUGGCAGCCGCUCAACUUCCUUUCCCCAUCCUAAAUUUAAGCAACCUGGAAUGCUGGUGAAGUAUCAGUCUACCCUACCCACUUCUCAUGCAACCACACCGAGCGUGCUAAGCUUGAGCGGGCCCUUGGAGAGACCGCCAAGCUGGCUUAAAACAGAACUAAUUCAUUGGCUCGAGAAAGUCGCGGAUGAGAAUACAGGCGGAGUGUUGUUUCACUGCGAUAACCCAGAUAGGAAUUAUGAGCAAGAGGAUAAAUCUAUUUUCUCUAGGAGGAAGAAAUUACCUGGGCUCUGGAGCUCAAAUUCGGUAGCAUCAUGGCUAAUCUCUAGUACCUGUGCCGGGCGGAAAUUGGCGCAGCAUAAACGCGACAUUCGAGGCCGUAUUCUGCCCACUCUAAUACUUAACCCGGCAUCCUCUGGACGUAAUACUUCCUACAUCGCCUUUAUCAUGUCCCGAAUAUCGGUGAAGAAGCUGUGA